CUCCCCCCCGGCGAUGGACGCGCCCUAAGCGGGGCUGGCUCCGCGGCGGAAGCGCGGCGACAUCAGACCUAGCGAGCGCUGAGCUGCCGCCGCCAUGAUCAUACCCGUGCGCUGCUUCACCUGCGGGAAGAUCGUCGGCAACAAGUGGGAGGCCUACCUGGGGCUGCUGCAGGCCGAGUACACCGAGGGGGACGCUCUGGAUGCACUUGGCCUGAAGCGCUACUGCUGCCGUCGCAUGCUGCUGGCCCACGUGGACCUGAUCGAGAAGCUGCUCAAUUAUGCACCUCUGGAGAAGUGAGGGCGCUGGAGCCCACCCGCCCGCUGUGCUCACCAGGGGCCGGCAGAGUCUUGCCCAGAGUUCCUCCCUGUGAGGUGUGGAUAGCCUGGAGCAUGCCCGUGCAUUGCCUGCGGGUGUGUGUCUUCCAGUCUGGAAGGAACCGUCCAGUAAAGGUCUUUGCAGAACAACAAGAAGGUCCUAA